AUGGGGGACAAACUUUCAACUGAGAGCCUCAUCAUUAUUCUGGCGACAACAAUCCCCUCGGUCAUUGUAGCGGCCUUUACCGCUGUUCUGUGCUACCGAGCCCGUCGACGUAGGGCUCGAUUAUUCAACCGAGGCAUCACACCUAUCGACGACGAGGAAAUAGAGUCGUGGAAGAUGGACAGAAAGGGGAGUGAAAAACUUAGUGUCCCAGAGCAAUAUCAGAAAGACCAAGCGAGUCCAAGCAGUCACCGCACCCAUCGGCCACACACGUCGGUUGGAUCUGUCCAAAAGACGACUAGCAUGAUUGUCUAUAAGAGUUCGUCACAGCACUCUUCACGCAUGCCGGAAGACCGGCCGAUGGUGAUGUCUUUGUCUGGCAAAUGGAGCUUUGAGCUGCCUGAAGUCCCUGUUCUUGCCAGGGCGCCGAAUUCUAGGCCUGGCCUCACCGAUGACACCAUUCAAGGAGAGGAUGCAUUUAUUCCCUGCCCAAAGCGUUACCCUUCGAAAAAACUAGCCAAAUCACCACCGCUUACAACUCCUCGACACGGCCGAUCUAAGAGCACGCGGGCGACUGUGACACCCCGUGAGCCCUGGCACAGCCAAAGUCUAGAUCACCAACGGCCACCUCGACGAUCUGCCGACACAUAUCUCUGUACAUUGCCUUCGGGUCACCGAGAGACGGAUGGCGUAUAUUCAUUCCGGGCGACUCCUCCGCAAUCGCCAGUCGAGGACGAUGUCUUCUUCGGGGGCCUCUCGCCUCGUCCCUUGAUUCACAAGUCGGAAAUUGGGCGAGCGAUCGGCUGA